AUGUCGUCAAGUACACCCACGCCGCCAGAUACGAACGGCGCCAGCUCCCAUAAGCGGGCCCGAAGCCCAGGCACCGAUUCCAACGGCAGAGAAGCCGCCGCCGACAACAACAGUGUACCCAAGCCGAAGCGCCUAGCAUGCAUGAUCUGCCGGAAGCGCAAGUUGAAGUGCGACGGUGUCAGGCCGAGUUGCAGCACAUGCGCCAGGCUGGGCCAUUCUUGCGCGUACGAUGAAGUUCGCAGGAAAAGCGGCCCCAAGCGGGGAUAUGUCAAGGCUCUCGAGGAACGAUUGAAACAGGUUGAAACGCUUCUCAAGACUCAAGACCCUCCAGCGGCACCUGCCGACCCGUCUAGAAACACACCUCAAAGCCUAGAUGCCGCUGCUCCGAACCGCAACCACAACGCUGCUGCCCCAACGAGCUACAGCAUUCCUAACCCCUCUACUCUCGGUCUCGGCGCCGACCAUGAUGUGGACCGAUGGCGCUUCAACGGCGAAUCUUCUCCCCAGACUCAGAAUGUUGCUGCUCCGCCCAUGGAAGACUUCAACUUCAACUCCAAUAUGUCAAUGGGCAUGAACAAUGCUGGAAGCAACUUUACUUGGGAGAUGAUUGGACUGGGCCUUGAGGAGCCUCUCCCGCCCCAGGAAACAAUCGAUGAGCUCCAUCAAAUCUAUUUCGAAAAGGUCCACCCCUCAGAUGACCAUUACCCCAAAGCACUGCCCACGUUGGGUCGCACCUGGCGCAUUAGCACGCCCACUAACACGCUUUACAGGGCCCCGAACCAACGUCCCCCAGUUGCGCUCAGGUACGCCAUAUGGACCCUGGCAUGCUCCAUCACAGAAAAGUACCUCGACCUCAAGGAUCUCUUCUACCAAAGAGCCCGUAAAUACGUCGAGGGAGACUACAUCAAAGGUUAUGGUGAGCAUAUGAUUUCAGUAGCUCAUGCUCAGACGCAUGUGCUACUGGCCUCAUACGAGUUCAAAAUGAUGUACUUCCCUCGAGCUUGGAUGAAUACCGGGUCUGCUGUGCGCCUCUGUCAAAUGAUGGGUUUACACCGACUCGAUGGAGCUGGCCUAGACGUAAAGCAGUGUCUCCCACCACCGAGAGAUUGGACCGAGCGCGAGGAGAGGCGGCGUACCUUUUGGAUGGCUUUUUGCGAGGACCGUUAUGCAAGCAUCGGAACCGGGUGGCCGAUGACUGUCGAUGAGAAGGACAUUAUGACGAACUUGCCUUGUUCAGAAGAGGCGUUUGAAAUGAGCCGGCCUGAGCAGACGCAGUCUUUGCAGGACUGUAUGAGCCCGUCUGGAGCUGGCAAGCUCUCUUCGUUCGGCGGCAUCGUGCUUAUGGCUUGCCUCUUCGGCCGAAACCUGAUCCAUCUGCAUCGGCCCGACGUCGACGACCGAGAUCACGACCUUAACGGCGAGUUCUGGAAGCGACAUCGCAACAUGGACAACAUCCUGCUCAACACGUCCCUCUGCCUACCUUCGUACCUCAAGCUACCAAUUGGCCUUGGCAACCCCAAUAUUGUCUUUACCAAUAUGAGCAUUCACACGUCGACAAUAUGCCUCCACCAAGCUGCUAUUUUCAAAGCCGACAAGAACAGACUACCUUCGUCAGUCAGCGCGGAAAGCAAGGUGCGAUGUAUUACGGCAGCCAACGAGAUUGCGAGCAUCAUGAGGAUGAUCUCACAUUUGGACCUUUCAGCAAUGAACCCGUUCAUAUCCUUUUGUCUAUAUGUAGCCGCGAGAGUGUUCGUCCAGUAUCUCAAAAGCCGCCCCGAAGACAGCCAAACGGCCGACUCGCUCAGAUUCCUUCUCUCUGCCAUGAAUGCGCUCAAGAGAAGGAACCCCCUUACAGAAUCUUUCCUCGUCCAACUGGAUGUGGAUUUGGAAGCUCUUGCGAUGAGAAUACCAAAACUCAAGGCAGCAUUCCCACGAAGUGGUGAAAGCCCGGGCUCGAACGCUGGCGGAAGUAAGGGUCCCGUUUGUGACGACCCCGAUGGUGUACAGGGCAUCAUGUCGUACCGCAACGAAUGCCACUUCAUGAAGACCGCGGGCGAUGACGGCAACCUCGCCACAGCCCCAAAUAUUGUUGAGCCUGAACAAACCAGCGAUGGUGCCCCGAACUCUGCAUCGACUGGCUUUGGGGGCCAGGGUUGGCUGUCAGUGGAACACGGCAUGCCAUACGGUGCGAGCAAUACACAUAGUCUUCCUAUGCACGGAAGUGCGUUGACGCCGAGCUCUAGCUCCAUGUACGACAAGUCUGGGUCGAGUAGCGGGCGCAUGACGGGGCUUGGACAGAGCGAAAGCAGUGGGGACAACAACAUGUCGGGAUCGCCCGACGGCGACAACUCCAAUCGACCGACGCCGAACUCGAGUUCGUCAGAGCAGCGAGUGAACAUGACGACGGGGGGUCUCGAGGGGUCCGGUCAGAACUCGUUCAACGCCAGCCCAGUGACAGCGCAACAGAGCAUGAACCCACGGGGCAGCACAGACGGAAACGCAAAUUAUUUCAAUGAAGCGGGUGCGUUCGAUAUUCGGACCGGGCUGACACCGAACCCGAGGUUUUCAAUGCCUGAAACACCGGGGGCAGACUUUGGAAUGCCGAGUGGCUGGAGUGACCUACAAGGGCAGGCUGGCAUGACGCCUGGGGCUGAGGGAGUAUUGCGAUCACUGAUGAACAUGGGCCCGAUGGACGCCAUGGACCUUUCAUCGUGGGAUGCGGCGAAUUGA